UUUUCUGGGUAUAUAAACAGUUUCUAGAUUUAACCUCAUCACUUGUGAUUUUAACAUCAUAACAAUUUCUGGAAAAAUGGGAGAAGAAACAAAGGCAGAGUUGUGGGAAGGCAAAGUGAGUGUCAAACUAAUAGACACCAAAGCAGAAAAUGUAUGGCCACUUCUUUUCCAAGAUUUUUGUAGCAUUCACAAGUGGCUUCCAAGUGUCGAUAAAUGUUACAAAGUUGAGGGAGUUCAUGGCCAGCCAGGCCUCGUCCGAUACUGCGGCACAACCAGGACAUCUUCAUCUGGUGGCAGUGAUGAGCCCUUCACCUUGUGGUGUCACGAGAAGUUGUUAGAGAUUGAUGAGACCCAAAGGUGGCUCAGCUAUGAGAUUAUGGAAAACAACCUGGGGUUUAAGAUGUAUAGGGCUACUUUGAAGGUAGUUCCUUUGGAGGGUUGUGAUGAAAAGGGCUGUGAGAUCAAGUGGUUGUUUGUUGCUGAACCUGUUGAGGGUUGGAAGUUUGAGGACUUUGUUUCUUACCUUGAAUCAUCUCUUCAAGUUAUGGGAAAAAGAAUGGAGAAAGCCCUGCAAUCUCCUAACUAAUUAGUUGAUGUUAUCAGUGUGGGAUUAUUAGUCAAUGUUAUUAGUGUUUGAUCAUGUAUUGUGCAUCUAAUAUUGAUUAUUACAAAACUAUUUGUAAUUGUCACUCUCAAAGCUUCAUUAUGGUGCAUUUCUUUUUUCCCUA